AUGGCAGCUCGCAGUGACAGUGAAAAUGCGUCUCGCGCCAAAAGACUAAAGACUACAGCGGAAUCAGACCCUCGAUCCAACCCAUACCUUGCCCACAUGUAUGAGAAUGAGGAUGCAUCCUGCGGAACAAACGAUGAGUCGCCUCUCGCAGCUUUCCGGAGACAUGAGACAACUGCAGAGAUGGCAAGCGAGGUCGAAGGCGGGAGCGUAAACCCUUUUACAGGUCAAUCGUUUUCCAGCCGAUAUGUGUCCAUACUCAAGACACGUCGCGACCUUCCAGUUCACCAGCAGAGGAAUGAAUUCCUCAAGCUCUAUCAGCAAUCGCAAAUUCUUGUGUUCGUGGGUGAAACUGGCUCUGGAAAAACUACGCAGAUUCCCCAAUUCGUGCUAUACGAUGAUCUCCCUCAGUUCCGUGGAAAGCUGGUUGCCUGUACCCAGCCACGGCGAGUUGCUGCUAUGUCAGUUGCGGAGCGUGUUGCAAACGAGAUGGAUGUUAAGCUUGGAGAAGAAGUUGGAUAUAGUAUUCGAUUCGAGGACAAGACAAGCUCCAAAACCAUUCUCAAGUAUAUGACAGAUGGUAUGCUGCUGCGCGAAGCUAUGCAUGAUCACGAUCUUAAGCGGUAUAGCACCAUCAUACUCGACGAGGCCCACGAGCGGACAAUGGCAACAGAUGUCCUUAUGGGUCUUUUGAAGGAAGUUGUGUUGCGUCGUCCAGAUAUGAAGCUUAUUAUCAUGUCUGCCACUUUGGAUGCACAGAAGUUCCAGCGUUACUUUUCUGAUGCACCAUUAUUGGCGGUUCCUGGCAGAACCCACCCAGUUGAGAUAUUUUAUACCCCUGAACCAGAGCAGGAUUACGUUGAAGCUGCAAUCCGCACGGUCUUACAAAUUCAUGCCACUGAACCCGAAGGUGACAUCCUUCUGUUUUUAACUGGAGAAGAAGAGAUUGAAGAUGCAGUUCGCAAGAUUUCUCUCGAAGUAGACGAGAUGAUCCGUGAAGUAGAUGCCGGGCCAAUGAAAGUUUACCCCUUGUAUGGCUCUCUACCUCCAGCCAUGCAACAACGAAUAUUCGAGCCUCCGCCACCACCUCGAAAAGCUAAGGGACGCCCUGGCAGGAAAUGUAUUAUAUCCACAAAUAUUGCCGAAACCUCACUUACCAUCGACGGUAUUGUGUAUGUGGUAGACCCCGGAUUCUCGAAACAGAAAGUAUACAACCCCCGUAUUCGUGUCGAGUCUCUGCUUGUCUCCCCCAUCUCAAAGGCCUCAGCCCAACAGCGUGCUGGUCGUGCUGGUCGUACCCGACCUGGGAAGUGUUUCCGUCUCUACACUGAGGGUGCCUUCAAAAAGGAGCUUAUCGAGCAAACAUACCCCGAAAUCCUUCGUUCAAACCUAUCGUCUACAGUCCUGGAUUUAAAGAAGCUUGGUAUCGACGAUCUGGUUCACUUUGAUCUCAUGGACCCUCCAGCCCCCGAAACUCUUAUGCGAGCGCUGGAAGAGCUUAACUACUUGGCAUGUCUGGAUGACGAUGGGAAUCUGACUGCUCUCGGUCGAUUGGCCUCUGAGUUUCCUUUGGACCCUGCUCUUGCUGUGAUGCUGAUAAGCUCUCCAGAGUUCUACUGCUCUAAUGAAAUCUUGUCCAUUACUUCGUUACUUUCCGUACCACAGAUUUUUGUUCGCCCCGUCGCACAGCGGAAACGUGCGGAUGAAAUGAAAGCGCUCUUUUCCCACCCAGACGGUGAUCACCUUACUCUACUCAACGCUUACCAUGCAUUCAAAGGGCCAGAUGCACAGGCUAACCCUCGACAAUGGUGUCAUGACCAUUUCCUCUCACUCCGAGCUCUGCAGUCCGCUGAUAAUGUCCGAUUACAGCUUCAGCGCAUAAUGGAGCGCGAAGAAAUCGAGUUAGUCUCUACGCCAUUUGAAGAUAAGAAAUAUUAUGAAAAUAUCCGCCGCGCACUGGUAGCUGGGUUUUUCAUGCAGGUUGCCAAGAAAGAAAGUCAAGGAAAAAGCCUGUACCGCACUGUAAAGGACAAUAACGAGCCCGUUUUGUUACAUCCUAGCACAGUUUUAGGAUAUGAGGCUGAAUGGGUCUUAUAUAACGAGUUUGUCUUGACGUCAAAGAGCUUUAUCAGAACUGUCACUGCUGUUAAGGGAGAAUGGUUAUUGGAUAUUUCUCCUGCAUACUACGAUAUUUCUAGUUUCCCCAAAGGAGAUAUUCGGUCCGCAUUGAUUCGAGCCGGUGAAAGAUUAUCUCGAAAGGAAAAGAUGCGAUCUGAUGCAAGUAAGAAAAGAUGA